AUUAAUAUCUUUCAAACAAUUCUGUAAAUUAUAAAUAAACACGUUUUAAAAUUUUGUAUGUGGCGCACCCUUUCGAAUAAUUUCGCAUUCUUGCUUUUACGCGGUCCAUGUGGUCUGAUGUGGUCUCGAAUAUUAAGUGACAAUAUAGCGGACGUAUUUGAUUUUGUUUAAAUCAUAAGUGACAUUAUUUUUAGUAUAAUAUAAUGGAAGAAGUUACAAAGUGCAGUUACAUCAAUUGUCGUGAUCUUCGAGAAAAAGAACAAAUAUUUCACGAAUUACCAGUAAGCGAUAUUGGUUUAUGCGUUAAAUGGCUGGUAAACAGUGGUCAUGAAUAUUUAAUUGGACGCGACUUUGCAACUUUACGAUCGAUGAAAUUUUUUGUAUGUAGUAAUCAUUUCAAAAGUGAUUCUUAUUUAGCUAAGGGAACGCUGAAAGAAAAUGCUGUACCCCAACCAUAUUGGUAUUCUAAUACUGUUGGAAGAAUUAAUGAUAUAUCUUAUAUUGAACAUGAACCGAAGUUUGAUCAAGUUACAGGAAAAACAUAUAUGCACCGUGCUCACAACAUUUUUCAAUUUAAAGAACAAAGUGCAAAUGUAGCAGAUAAUACUACUUUUCAUGAGGAAGGCUGGUGUAGAACUUGUGCUAUGAAAAAAAAUAAUGUAGUUAAUAUGACAUUAAAGAAAAGAAAUACUGAAAUGAGUCUUCUUUCAAAACUAAAAUUAUUGAUAGAAAUUGAUGAUGAAGAUACAUUGCCACUAAAUAUGUGCUAUGAUUGUGUAAAGAAAUUGGAACAAUCCUUUCAGUUUUUUCAACAAAUUUAUAUAGCAGACAAUACAUUGCGUCAUAUUUUUCCUAAAGGUCAAUUAGAUAAUGAUUGCUAUGGUAUAACUAUAGAUAGAGUAGAUGGCUGUGUUAGCGAUAUAGAAUUUGAUCCGAUAUUACCGUCUAAUGAAGAUGAUCGAUUGUCAAUGAAUCAUGAAAGUAAUAAUAUAAUAAAGCCAAAAUUGUUAGAUACCAAAGAUAGUGAAAGAUCUUUAUCUAAGAAAGUCUCAACGAAUGAAAAAUUGUUAAAAGAUACAUCUGCCAGUGAUAAGUAUGGCACUGUAUUUUCAUUACUUACAGAUACUUGCCACAGUGAUGAAGAACUUCAUUGGACAGAUGUUUUAAAUGCAAUAGAACGCCAAAAGAUUACAUUUUUGCGAAGACAAGUACCUGUACGUAAAACAAAAAUAUCUUGCGAAUUCUGUAUUAGCAAGUUUAGAUUAAGACGUCAGUUGAAGACACAUAUAAUUACUCAUCACCCUAAACUGAUUAGAACUAUGUGUAUGGAUUGUAUUACCUAUUAUGAAAAUGAACUCCUUCUCUUAGAACAUCGUGCUAUUGAACAUAAUGAUGAUCAAUGGUAUAGAUGUGAUUAUUGUCAAAAAGUUUUUUCUAGAAAAAAGGGUUUGAGACUUCAUAUCACAAGAUCACAUACAAGAAGAAAGUGCUAUUCAUGUGAUUUAUGUAAUCAACAAUUUGUAUCAAAACAAAAUUUAUCUUUACAUAUUGAAAGUGGUCAUCUAUGCGUGAAUAUAAAAAAGGAAAAAACGCUUGAUGAAACGCUUAAAGAUGUGUGCAUGGUUAGCUUUGAUGUUGAUAAUGCUAAUCAAUCCAAUAAUUUAAAGACUCCUAUGGAAGAACAAAAAAUAGCAGAUGUAUCUAUAGAUAAAGAUUUUAAUCAUAUGGAAUUAUCGUCCACUUGUCCUAACAAUGAAUCACAAUCCAUACACUUAGAAAAUGCUGUUCAUUCUGUUGUCGAAGAACUUAUUGAAAGCUAAUGUUUUACUUACUUUAUAUAUUUAUGUAUAUUUAUAUACAUGGAAAUGUAUGUGGGACUUUAUGAUUAGAACCAAUAAAUGUAAAGUAAAGAGAUAAUUGAUAUCUUGCAAUAACUACGAAAUGUGAUAAUUUACGAUUACAAAGAAACAGAUAUUGAAAGGUAUCCCCACAUAAAUUGAAACAUUACAAUUAUUUAAAAUAUAUACUCUCUAUAAUUAUAUUAUAAAUAAAGAAUAGUUAAUUAA